CUUGAACUUGAUCUGCUAGAUUCCUUCUCGUAAUGAAUUCUACGGGAGAUAAUAUGCUCUUAAAAGAGUUUAAUCGUGCAACUACCUAUGUGAAAGUCAUGGCUGAUCAAUUAAAUACUGAUCAAUUAUUAUCUUUGUACGCAAGGUAUAAGCAAGCAACGUUUGGAAAUUGCCAUACACCUAAGCCGGCAUUCUACGAAUUUGAAGCUAAAAAAAAAUGGCAAGCAUGGAAAGCUUUGGAAGGCAUGAGCAGACAGGACGCUAUGAGCAGUUAUGUUUCAUUAUUGAAAGAAGUUGCCGACAAUUCCCUUAACCUUCCCGAAACUGGAGGAAAUAAAGGAACACAACUUCCAAAAUCAGUAAGUGUUAUGGCGAAAAGUAAAGAUGACGAUAAUAUGUCUAAAAGUGAACCUCAAUUUGAAUGGUGUAAAGACGGCCUAACAAGCGAAUUAAGGGUCUGGUUGAAAAACAACUCAGGAAUGCUAGAUAAGCCAGAUGAAUCCGGUCUAAGUCUGUUGCAUUGGGCAUGUGAUAGAGAAAGAGGAGAUAUUGCUCAAAUACUAAUUGAACAUGGUGCAAAUAUUAAUAUUAAAGAUAAAGAAGGAGAAGUUCCAUUACACUAUGCUCUACUCAACGAGAAUGAAGAAAUUUUGAAAAUUUUGUUAAAAUCAGGUGCGGAUCUAUCAAUACCAAAUUUGGAUGGAGAUUUACCAGCUUCCAAUCAACUUAUACAAAAGUUGGAAAAAUCUUGA